AACGAUGGCUGCAAGGGUUCUUCUCACCCUGCAUGAAUAUAUAGAAGGCAUAACAAUUCAGAAAUCAGUUCAUUUCUUGGACAGUCAUCAAAUCAACCUAGCAAGAUGAAGGCUGUUGCUCUGCUGCUGAUGUUUGUUGUCUUUGCCGCCCUUCCUGCAGAAACCAGCGCGUGGAGAUGGUUUAGAAGAGUUGCUGAAGGUGUUAAAAAGGUCGCACAAAAGGUUUCUGAUGGUGUGAAGAAAGUUGUAGACAAGUUCAACGAGUGGAAAAACAGACACGGUCGAGCUAUACGCGCCCUACAUGAAGACCUGACGGAGGAGGAAAUGAUAGAGACGUUGGCCACCAGAGACAUCAAUGAACUGGUUGAAGUUGACCAACUCAGUGACGCAGACAAGGCCGAAUUUAGCAACAUCCAGCGUGAGGCUCGAGAUCUAAUGGAUCAAAUGGACUCACUGGAAGAUUGAUAAUCCAGAUGCACAGUGUUUGCACAACAACAAAAUGUGCAAUAUGUGCAAAGGGACAUUGCAUGCCAAUUUCAUCAAUAAAAAGUUUGAUGUGUG